GAGAGAGAAGGUGUGCCCAGGCAGUCAGACCGACUGAAGAGCGAGUGUGUGCAAACUGGGAUGAGUAAAUGCACCCGGCGACUUAGCUGUUGAUACAGCCAGAGAGAAAGAGAGAGAGAGAGUGUGUGUGUGCACGAAAGCGAGUGAGAGUGCGCGAGCGAGAGAGAGAGCGAGGGUGAGAGAGAGAAGAAGUGAAAGGGAGGAAAAAGGGAAGAAAGAAGCAGAGAAGAGAAAGGGAGGAUACAACAACUACAACUAUGCUGUGCUGCAUAAGAAGAACCAAACCGGUGGAGAAGAAUGAGGAUGCAGACCAGAAGAUUGAACAGGAUGGGACCACCAACAAACCCGAGGAUAAGGCCCACAAGGCUGCUACCAAAAUACAGGCCAGCUUCCGUGGACACAUAACCCGGAAAAAGAUGAAAGACGGAGAGGAAGAGAAGGAGGGUGACAGUCCCGCUGCAGAGGAGGCAACAGAGGGAGGAGAGGAGGAAAAGAAAGCAGAGGGAGAGGAGGCACCUGCAAAGGAGGAAGAAGCUGCAGGGGAGGAGGCCAAAAAGGAGGAGGAGACGAGCCAAGCCAAAAGCCCGGUGGCGGAUAAGCCAGCUAACUCUCCGGCAGCGACGUCUCCUGUAGCGGCGGUGCCUGCUGCUACCUCUCCUGCGGCUGCCACAGCGCCCUCUGAGCCCCAGAAAGAGGAGCCAAAGGCAGAGGAGAAAGCUGAAGAGAAGCCCAAAGAGGUGGAGGCCCCAGCGGCGGCGGCCAAGAGUCCCACCACAGCCACAGCUGAGGAGAAGAAGAAGGAGGGGGAUAGUGAAGAGAAAAAGGAGGAGGCCAGACAAGCCGAUGUGCCUGCUGCUGUCAGCCCGACAGCUGAGAAGGAGGACCCUAACCAAACAAAAGAUAAACAAGAUGCUGUAGAAGAGUCUAAAGCAGAGGAGGCCGCCCCUGAAGAUGCAGCUGCAGAGGCCACCGAGUCCAAGGAUGACUAAGGCAAAGUCUCACCUAACGAAAGCAGAAAUUAAGAGUAUGAAGAAUAACACAAAAACAAAAAUCUAAAAUGGUUGCUCUUUGCCUUCCCAAUGUGAAGGCAGUACGUUUCUAUUUGUUUGUCAUUUUUUGUGUGGCAAUGAUUUUCUCAUGUUGGGGGAGUUUCCAGCGUGAAGUUUUUUGGCUCAAGCUAAUUCUAUGAGGAUGUGAUGGUGAUGAUGAUGUGGUGGAUUAUAAAAAAUGAUUGUUAUCUUGAUGAUGAUGAGGAAGAGGAUUUGAUUUGUUACAUCUUCACUAUCUAUUGUAAGUGGAUCAGUGUUGGCGUGAAUGCUCCCAACUGGAUUUUUACACAUUUAAAAUGCAUUGCGAAUGCACCAUACUUUAUUUGCAUUGCAAUGCUCCUUCUUCAAACCCAUUUUGCAAAUUUAAUCUGUCAUUCUGCACAUGCACGCACAAAAACAAGCCGGUUUUAAAAUGCAACCCUAGUUUUCAACACCAUACAAAUGUAUUGAAAACACAGCAAAUUGUCUGCCUCUUUGUAUGGAGAAUAGAAUGUAUUGUUAAAAUGUGUCACAUUUCCAGUUGGGCAGCUUUACAUUGAAUCCCAUUAUCACAUAUAGUACAAGAAUACUACUCUGUCUCUUUUCUGCUUGAGUCUCUCAAGCUUGGUUUACACCCCUUUUACAAACUGUUUACUCACAUAUAUAGUAAUGGACCUGUUGACAUUUAAAUGACAUGAUCAUAUAAUAAACUAUAGGACUCUUCUAUAGUGUUGAUAUAACUGGCUCUUACACGAUGUUCUGCCAGCCCAACGUGAGAACAAUAGCAUGAACCAUCGAACCAGAUGCAUGAUGGGAACUCUCCCUCUGAGAGGAACUUUUUCGCAGUCACAAAAACUUAAGAGGUGUGGCGGCUUCUUUUUGAUGUCUUUGGUGUUGUUAUGACAGUUUAUAUGAAUUGGAAAAAAAAUAAUCUUGCACUGAUGUUACAAAAAAUUGUAAAAAGGAAAAACAAACAAAUGAGCAAACAAAAAAUACUUUUCCCAUGUUCCAGUGAGUGCAAUGUCCAGUUUCAACCUUAUCAAGGAGUUCAAACUUGUGAGAAAAAAUAUGAAAAAAUAAAAAUGGUUUCAAUGUCUGUUUUCAAAAUAAAGCAAAUGUGCCAAUUA